GUUACCUCCCUUAUUUUUCGUUGCACGUGUUGCAGAAACAUUGUUGAGAAACUUCGCUGAAGAUGGCAACUUUACCGUACACGGCUACAAGAUGCGAACGAGUAUUAUUGAGUGUGUCCAACAAAAGUGGGAUUGUGGAGUUUGCAAAGAGCUUAAGUGAGCUUGGUCUACAACUGGUUGGUUCUGGAGGAACAGCUCAAACCAUCAAAAAUGCUGGAAUAUCUAUUGUGGAAGUCUCUGAUGUAACAAAAUGUCCUGAGAUGUUGAAAGGUCGGGUGAAAACCCUCCAUCCUGCCAUACACGGUGGAAUUCUGGCCAAGCCAACCCCUGAAGAUGUGAAAGAAGUUGAAGAUCUUAACUUCAAUUUGAUCCGUGUUGUUGUCUGUAACCUGUAUCCAUUUGUGGAAACGGUUGCCUCAGACGAUGUCACUGCUGAGCAGGCUGUGGAACAAAUUGACAUAGGUGGCGUUACUCUCCUCCGUGCUGCUGCAAAGAACUUUGCACGUGUUACUGUCAUUUGUGACCCUGACGACUAUAAGGGAAUAAUUGAAGAAAUGAAGAACUCCCCAACGAAAGAUUCAACCCUUGAAACCAGAAAAAGACUUGCUGUGAAGGCUUUCAACCAUACAGCAGAGUAUGAUGCUGCUAUCUCUGAUUACUUCCGGAAGCAGUUUAGCCAGAAUGUUUCCCACUUACCCCUGCGCUAUGGUAUGAAUCCUCAUCAGAAACCAGCACAGCUCUUUACCAAUUCAUCAGAAUUACCUUUGAAAGUUGCAAAUGGCUCCCCUGGAUUUAUCAACCUCUGUGAUGCUUUCAAUGCUUGGCAAUUGGUGAAAGAACUGAAAAAUGCUCUUGGUUUGCCAGCAGCAACCUCGUUUAAACAUGUCAGCCCUGCAGGUGCUGCAGUAGGAACACCCCUUAGUCCUGAACAGGCUCAACUGUGUAUGGUAAAUGAUAUGGAGGAUCUGAGUCCCCUUGCUGUUGCUUAUGCAAGAGCCCGUGGAGCUGACCGCAUGUCAUCAUUUGGGGACUUCAUUGCUCUCUCCGAACCCUGUGAUGUCUCAACAGCUAAAGUCAUAUCAAGAGAGGUCUCAGACGGCGUCAUAGCUCCUGGAUACGAGGCAAAUGCUCUUACAAUUCUCAAGAAGAAAAAGGGUGGCAACUAUUGUGUGUUACAGAUUGAUCCCAACUAUGAUGCCCCUCCUGUUGAAACCAGAACUUUGUUCGGGUUGCAGUUGCAGCAACUCCGUAAUAAUGCUCCUAUUACUAAAGAUCUCUUCAACAACGUGGUGACAGAUGGCAAGAAGCUUCCUGAUUCUGCUAUCCGUGAUUUGUUGGUGGCUUCCAUCGCUUUGAAGUAUACCCAGUCUAACUCCGUUUGCUAUGCUCGUGAUGGACAGGUGAUUGGUAUCGGUGCUGGCCAGCAAUCGCGAAUUCAUUGUACACGGUUGGCUGGAGACAAGGCUGACAACUGGUGGUUGCGACAGCAUCCUAAUGUUCUUGGCAUGAAGUUCAAGAAGGGUGUGAAACGAGCAGAAAUGUCCAAUGCUAUUGAUGUUUAUGUUCUUGGAACUGUUGGUGAGGAUAUGACCCUUUCAACUUGGGAAGAUCUGUUUGAGGAACGUCCACCAGAGUUCACAGAGGAAGAUCGUAUUGAUUGGAUAAAACGUCUAGAUGGAGUUUCUCUGAGUUCCGACGCCUUCUUCCCUUUCAGGGACAACAUAGAUCGUGCCUAUCGGAGUGGAGUACAGUACAUUGCCUCUCCUGCUGGUUCUGCUAAUGAUGCGGUUGUUAUUGAGGCUUGCAACGGCCUUGGCAUUGCUUUGGCUCACACCAAUCUGCGUCUGUUCCAUCAUUAAUUCUCCACCAAUACUGAAUCUCUGUUCGUGUUUUUCUAAUAAAUGAUUUCCAUGACUUUCUUAUUCAAAUAAAAGUAUUCAAACAUUA